GUCGCCCACUCGUGGGAGACCCUGGAGGAAGAGGAAGAGGAGGAGGCCAAGGUGCAAGUCAUAGAAGAAAAUUUUAUGAAGGUUCCCUAAGUAUCUCUAAUCACAAUCGAAGCCAUGGUGAUCAUGUCAGAAUUUACCUCAGUCCCCAUUUCAAAUCAGACACAGCAAAGGCCCCUCAGAGUUGGAUUUUAUGAUAUUGAAAGAACCUUGGGAAAAGGAAAUUUUGCUGUGGUAAAACUAGCCAGGCAUAGAGUCACCAAAACCCAGGUUGCAAUAAAAAUUAUAGAUAAAGCAAGAUUAGAUCCAAGCAACUUGGAGAAAAUUUAUCGAGAGGUUCAGAUAAUGAAGCUUUUAAACCAUCCUCACAUUAUUAAGCUUUAUCAGGUUAUGGAAACAAAGGAUAUGCUUUACAUUGUUACCGAAUUUGCAAAAAAUGGAGAAAUGUUUGAUUAUUUGACCUCCAAUGGGCAUCUGAGUGAAAAUGAAGCAAGGAAGAAAUUCUGGCAGAUUCUUUCAGCAGUGGAAUACUGCCAUAGUCAUCAUAUAGUUCAUAGGGAUCUCAAAACAGAAAACCUUCUUUUGGAUGCCAGCAUGAAUAUCAAGCUAGCAGAUUUUGGAUUUGGGAAUUUCUACAAGUCAGGAGAGCCUUUAUCUACAUGGUGUGGAAGUCCCCCAUAUGCUGCCCCAGAAGUUUUUGAAGGGAAGGAGUAUGAAGGGCCCCAUCUUGAUAUUUGGAGCCUUGGUGUUGUGUUAUAUGUCCUUGUCUGUGGCUCUCUUCCUUUUGAUGGGCCCAAUUUACCAACUUUAAGACAAAGAGUGUUGGAGGGCCGGUUUCGUAUUCCUUUCUACAUGUCCCAAGAUUGUGAAACAUUAAUCCGUCGUAUGCUGGUGGUGGACCCUACCAAACGAAUAACGAUUGCUCAAAUAAAGCACCACAAGUGGAUGCAAGCAGACCCUUCCCUUCAGCAGAAUCCACCGCUGUCCUUUUCUAUUCAGAACUACUGCUCUAACCUGGGAGACUACAAUGAACAGGUGCUAGGGAUUAUGCAGACACUUGGUAUCAACAAGCAAAGAACUGUGGAGUCAUUGCAAAAUAGUAGCUAUAACCAUUUUGCUGCUAUUUAUUACCUCCUCCUGGAACGGCUCAAGGAAUAUCGGAACACUCAGCCAUCUAACUGCUCAGGGCUUGGAAAGUUGCAAAGAUCUAGGAGCUCUGACCUUAGUAAUUUUGAGAUGCCUCAAGAAGGCCUUACUAGUGAUGCUUUCAGAUCUUCUUUGCUGUACCAGCAGCCUCAAAACCUGACCCAGUCAAUGUUACAGGAAGAAAUGGAUUUUGAUUUGAACAACCCUCUACAAGUAAGUUCUCACAAAUCAAGAGCUAAAAGCUAUACGUGGCCUCUCUUCUUCUCCAUGGACCCCAGCUUCAGUGGUCUGUUCCGAAACUGCUCCAUCUCUCCCAACAGCCUGCUGGAAACCACUAUUAGUGAGGAGGUUAGACAAGAUAAAGACUUUGAGGAGGAAAUCAAAACUCAGAACCCCAUUCACCUCCCCAGCAACACCAGCAGGAGACAUACCCUUGCUGAGGUCACCAGUCAUUUCUACCAGUGCACCCCUCCAUAUAUAGUCAUUUCUUCUUGUACUAGCCCAGCAGAGGGAACCAACUCAGAUAGCUGCCUCACCUCUUCUUCUAACAAUGGGUCAGAAGGUCUGAGUAGCUGCCUCAAGGACCAAGUGCUGAUGGCUAACUCCACCACUGUCAAAAUGACCUCUCCUUUCCCUGUGGCACAGUCUGAUACCCCAGGCCAGAAGUUAGAGGGAUGCCUAGGAGGACCUGCUCUGUUACCUCUCAGUUUUCAAGAAGGAAGGAGAGCUUCAGAUACCUCACUCACUCAAGGCUUGAAAGCGUUUAGACAGCAACUCCGGAAAAAUACUAGGGCAAAAGGAUUACUAGGACUAAACAAGAUUAAUGGGCUGACUCGACAAGCAUGUCAGGCUUCAUCAGGUCGAGCAUCAAGAGGAUGCCUAAAUUCUUCCCAACACUAUCAGCCUAACACUUGCCUAUACAGUAGUGGAGGAAAAAGCCGGGAAGGUGGAAACCUGUUAGAAGAGGUUCUUCACCAACAAAGGUUGUUGCAGUUACAGCAUAACACAUCAGUCCACCUGAGCUGUCCUCAGGCUCCCCAGCUACCCCAAGCACAGUAUGUCAUUUCUGCCUGUGAUGAAACCUACCCAACGCCCAAUCCUCUCCUGACUUCAGAGCUGCUGAAGGGGGACUCUGGAACGCACCCCCACCUCUUCAAGGCCAGUGUCUCACCUGUGUCUUCAGCAGCCCAGCUCCUAGAUUCUCACUUGUGCAUCAACAGCCACACUUCUCCAGUCACCACUUCUUUUUCCCAACAGCCAAAUUUUGCCAUAUGGUCUCCAAGCUACGAUCCAGCAGUUUUGCAGCAGGGAGACUAUGAAAUGGAAGACCUUACCUCUGCCCAACUGAGGAAAUUUGUCCUGGUUCAAUGAGAGACCUCUGUUACUUAAUCUAGUUUCCCUCCCUCGGGGACUUCUAUUGUCCAACUGCAUGGAUUGACUGAUUCUUUGAAGCAAUAAUUUUAAAGUAUGUGAAGUUUUUAGACUCAGCCAAUAACUUCAUAGAAAUGAUAAAAGCAAUACAUCAUGUGUUUUCGCUUUAAAAUUUUUUUUCUUGCACUGAAUGAAUAUGUAGAUGGACUGAAAACUUUUUGAAGAAAAAAUAAUGCAAAGGAGAAUACUUUCUGGGUUGAUGGGGAAGCGGGGAAGGUGGGGAGGCUGGGAGAGAAUGAGUGGUACUAUAUUUGUCAGACAAUGCUGCUCUGCUGUUAUGCAAAACUUUUAAAGCUGCUGGUAGUGCUGACAUAGAAGGGAGAAGGUCAUUCAAAGAAAAGGAACUAAUUGCUCUCUUUUUCACAAUAUUCGUCAUGAGUUUGUGAAGAUUAUUACCUCUUAAAAGCAGUGGCGUGCAACAGUUGAUGCAUUGAUAGAAAAAAAUAUGUGAGCAUUGCCAUUUGUGUGUGUGUGUGUGUUUAUAUAGGAAUUAUUUUCUCUUAGUAAUUAACAAUUCCUCACUCCCUGAAACAUACGCUUUAAGUGAAAACUGUGAACCUUCUGCUUUAUAUUUUUA